CAGCCUGAGGUCUUCUCCACUGACUUUGCACCUGUCUUUCUGAGGCUACCUGCUACCCCAUCCCAUCCCCACCAUGGACUUCUUGAUGAGUGGGCUGGCAGGCUGCGGGGCCUGUGUGUUCACCAACCCCCUGGAGGUGGUGAAGACCAGGAUGCAGCUGCAGGGAGAACUGCAGGUCCCCGGCUCCUACAAGCGGCACUACCGGAACGUCUUCCAUGCCUUCUUCACCAUCGGCAGGGUGGACGGCCUAGCGGCCCUGCAGAAGGGCCUGGCCCCCGCCCUCCUGUACCAGUUCCUGAUGAAUGGCAUCCGGCUGGGAACCUAUGGGGUGGUUGAAGCGAGGGGCUACCUGCACACAGCAGAAGGCAACCUCAGUCCUCCCCGCUGUCUGGUGGCCGGGGCCAUGGCUGGGGUCAUGGGCGCCUAUCUCGGGAGCCCCAUCUACAUGGUGAAGACACAUCUACAAGCGCAGGCAGCCUCCGAGAUUGCUGUAGGUCACCAGUACAAGCAUCAGGGCAUGUUUCAGGCACUAGCCGAGAUUGGCCAGAAACAUGGUCUAGUGGGAUUGUGGCGUGGGGCCUUGGGUGGCCUGCCCCGAGUCAUCAUGGGUUCCUCCACCCAGCUGUGCACCUUCUCAUCCACCAAGGACCUCAUGAGCCAGUGGGAGAUCUUUCCUCCCCAGAGUUGGAAACUGGCUCUGGCAGCUGCCAUGGUGAGUGGCAUCGCAGUGGUCCUGGCCAUGACACCUUUUGAUGUAGCCUGUACAAGGCUCUACAACCAGCCCACAGAUGCCCAAGGCAAGGGCCUCAUGUACCGGGGGAUUCUGGACGCUCUGCUGCGGACAGCUCGGACAGAGGGCCUUUUUGGCAUGUACAAGGGUAUAGGUGCCUCCUACUUCCGCAUUGGACCCCAUACCAUCCUCUCCCUCUUCUUCUGGGACCAGCUGCGCUCCCUCUACCACAAGUACACUAAGUAGUGGCCCUCUCUCACACUCCCCACAUCAGCACUUACUUGGACACUUUUGCCUUUGUAUCACAGCCUAGUUGACUGUGACCAGUGACCUUUCAUCCGUCCACUGGGGAGCGGAGGGAAAGCCAGCCAGCUCCUCUCCCUAUCUGUUCUCUCAGGGUUGAAUCAUCACAAGGGAUGGUUGUCCUCCCCACUUGUUUCUUCAGGCCUCCCUUCCCAGGGUCCCCCUGAACAAUGGGCACCGUCUCAGGGCUGAAGGGUCCUCCCUCCUGUCCACUGCCACUCCCUCUGCACAGCUUUAAACUCCUCCCUCCACGACCAAAGGGAAUUGGGUGUGGGGGAUGUCUGGGUGUCCUGUUAACUUCAGAACUACAGAGAUUAUAUUGGUUAUAAAGCAAGUUUAUUUCUGCA